AUGAACUUUCACAGCCACGAAGAUUCCAGUCGGUUAGACUGUGCAUCGUAUAGCACUGGAUCAGCCGUCGGUACAUUGGAGUCGCACAUAAGUUGGCGGACUAAUUUCACCCUCGGAUCGCACCAUCCGUCACUCGUGGGGCAACAAAAUGGCAGUGGAUGCAUACAAAGCGAUGGUUGGUCUUCUACGGAUAUCCAGCUGUUGAACGACGAUCACGAGAAGGCGAUACUGAGUGAUCUGUACAGAACUGCCGGCACGGAAAGUGCACCUUUGACCACGUUUAGCUACAUCAGUGAGUAUAUCUGCUCGAACAACAUCGACAUAUGGCCCGGCGAGUUGCCAAGUUCGUCAAGCAGUGAUGCUAAAUUGAGCUUCACACAACGGAACACCGGAGAUAACUGGCAGCGAUUUUUCAGAGCCAGCAAAACGCAGCGGCAAAUUUAUUUAAAAUGUAAACAUGUGCUAGAGUCAAUUAUUGCACGCAAUGAACAAAUACUGUUAGUAUUACGGCAAAACCAAUACCCAAAUAAACCAUUAAAGCGGCUUCAUUGA